GAGGUGCGCUGUUUGUCUGCGGAGUAUUUAUCCGCUACUAGCCUCCAAUAGCUAACUCUGCUAGCGAAGGUAGCUAAGUCAUUAGCCACAAUCUGAGUCUUAGUGUGUUAAAGGUAAGCGUUCACACGCGUGGAUCAGUGAUGCUGUUGUUAAUGUCAGUGCAUUUAAAAGCAUUUUAUAGUCAGUGAAACAUGUACUAUACAGUUAAAGUUUCAAGUAAGUUGGGAACCGAGAGCCAACCAAGUUGUGGAGUCAAGGUAAUGAGAAGAAGAUGGUGUUUCUGGUAUCCUUCGAAAUAAAAGGCCUCGCCGUCAAACCUCUGAUCUAAUGUUCAAAAAUCACUGGCUUUAGUGUCCAAAUGAGUUUUAUUUCGAGCAAUAUUCUCAUAAUAAUAUUUUGGUGAGUAGUAUAAAGUAUAUAUUCUUGGUAAACUUUUUUGCAACUUUUGCCUCAUGACAAUAAUAUGAUAUUUUGUGCCAAUGUUUCACACUGCAUUUUUACACAUAUGUUGCACUCUUACUUCUAUUGUGGUAACAUCACCCAUUGAACAAAAAUACAGGAUGCGUGAUGUAAAAAAUAUUUCUUAGGCUAGAUUUUAAUCAGAGUAAAUAGUCUGCCAUGGCAGUCUUUGUACACUGUAGGGUGCAACCCUCUAAAUGGUCAGCCUUAUUGUUCAGUCUCCUGUGGUGGUUUAUUAUUUUCUGAGUGUUACUUCGAUUAAACAUUCCAUCAUCCAGAACUGCUACAUCCAUUUCUUACUGUUAGGCUUUUAUUGUGAAUGUCACUUGGCAGCACUUCCACUUUCUUCUUGACUUAUUUUCUUGAACUUACUAAGAACAGAUAGCAUCCAGGCAGCCAAACGGAGAAGAGUUAACGGUGUUAGCUUAGCCUCCCUAGACUGCUAACGAGCAAUAAAGCAGCAUGGUAACGGGCGCAGCUUAAGCGCAGCACACUGCAGCAGCUCUGCUCUGCUGUGUCUCUCUGUAGAGAUCCAGCCGAGUUGACACUCCGCUGAGCCAUGCGACAGUGGUGUGUCCCCGCUGCGACCCCACGCACUGAACCACUCCCGCGGCCCCUGUCUGUGUCUCCCCCUCCAUCAGUUGCCAGAAUGGAAUGCUGCGAGGUGGAGCCACGGUACACCAUCGAACAGAUUGACCUCUUGCAGCGCCUGCGCUUGUCCGGCAUGUCCAAACCCCAGAUCAUCCAUGCUCUGGAAUCCCUGGAGAGGCUGGACCCAGAACACCGCCCAUCACAUUGUGAUUCACACUCGGCCCCGUCUAAUAACAACACCCCCACCACAGCUGCUCCAGCUCCGUCCUCAUCGUCAUCUUCCUCUGCAUCCUCACUUUCUUUAGCCUCUGCUACCACUCAGACCUCUGGCCUGGACGGUGCGGCGCUGUCCCCGAGCCACAGCUACGAGGCCUCGCCUCCACCCCUGUACCCUCCCAGUGUGCCUGUACAGCGGUCGUUCAGUUAUGACAUGUUGGGGGAUGAGGAGUGGGACCUGGAGGAGAAGGUAGAGGAGUACAUGAGGAGAGACAGCAACCUGGUGAAAGAAGAGAUCAAAACAUUUCUCAACAAUCGCAGGAUCUCUCAAGCAAUCGUGGGUCAAGUCACAGGAAUCAGCCAGAGCUACAUCUCCCAGUGGCUGCUGCAACAAGGCCUGGAGAUGAGCGACUCCAAACGCAGAGCUUUCUACCGCUGGUACCUGCUGGAGAGAAAUAAUCCAGGGCUGAGGUGGAGUGAAAGCCAGCACAGCGUGAGUCCCAUGGCCAGGGCCAGGGAAGGGGGCCGGGACGGAAUGGUAGCGGGGGCAAGUGGCAGCCUCCCUAACCCAAACACCAACCUCAACCCCAACCCUGUGUGGAGCAGGCAGAGAGAGCUGUUGAUGCACUUGCUGCCGUGGUACACUGCUGCUGCCGCAGCCGCCCACGCCCAGCCAGCCCUGUCGUUGCCUCUGCUGCCUCCUUCAGGUGCCACCUUAUCCAUGCGUUCUCUGGUGAAGGAAGAACCCGACUGGAGGACGGGAAUCAUGUCCACAGACAGAACAGGGAUCGUGGGUGGACCGUUGAGACUGCGCAGAGGCAGCAGGUUCACCUGGAGGAAGGAGUGCCAAACAAUCAUGGAGAGUUUCUUCGUGGAGAACCAGUAUCCUGAUGAAGCCAAGAGAGAGGAGAUAGCCAGCACCUGUAACUCUGUCAUUCAGAAACCAGGCUGUAAGUUGUCUGAGUUUGAGCGAGUGACGGCACUGAAGGUGUACAAUUGGUUCGCCAACCGCCGUAAGGAGAUGAAGAGGCGAGCAAACAUCGAGGCUGCUAUUUUGGAAAGCCAUGGAAUCGAGGUGCCAAGUCCGAGCUGUCACUCAAACGGUGAGGAAGGGGAGAUGCAAGAGUUUGGUGAUCAGGAAGACGUGUCGGCCCAGAGGAUGGUGGACCAACAAGACACGCCCACUAUGAUUAAUACCGAACUGGCGGUCAUGUCAAACCCCACCUCCCAGGCACUGGAGCAGAAGGAGGAGGAUUCCAAAAGGGAGACGGUGGACGAGGAGUGACUCGGGGACAGUGCCUAUACGGAUCCCCCCUAUUUGAAUCAGAAGAGAAAAGGGAAGUGUUUCCUGUUUCACUCAACAUCAGGCUUUUUGUAGGAGCUGUGACGGCCAAAAAAACCUCAAAGGCAGAUGAGCGCUGACGCUCACUGCGGUGCCUUUGAGCAUAAGAAGGCCACUGUAUUUAUCAACAUAAUCCUAAAGCUUAUAUUAACAGCAAUAUAUCGUAUACAUACAUAUAAAUAUAUAUAUAAAUAUAUAGUGCAUUCCAGAGUAUUAAUACAAAGCCUAAUUAAUUCCCCAGGGGGAGAAUCUUAUAAAGAAUACCUCGCCCAUUUUAAGCUAAGCUUUUAUUUUCUGUUAUCUUUGCUAAGUGCUCUCUUCAAGCUUAUUUCAAACAGCAUCUGUUUGAUGGACAUCCAUUACUUACCAGUGAUUUAGUAAGAACCUGCAGGUCAGGUCGUGAUGGGUGGAAGUGGAAUCAUUGUGUGAAAGGCGAGGAUUUGCGGCACGCCCGCUCAUAACGCGCCACUGCAGGGCGCCCGCCAAGCCAAGACUUGAACCUCAAUCAGUCGACCGAUGAAAUCCGUCGACCAAUGCUGACACUAUCAGAUCUGUAAAAGCCCUGAGGGACGACUGGAAUCUCAGGUAAAUCCCAAAAACUCGAGGAUUAAGGUGGUGAAGCCUCGCACCGUGUCCCUUGGCUUUUGUUUCCUUCAAUGUUAACUGUAUUUAACCAAAACAGAGCGUGUUAUUUAUACUGUUUUAUAUUAGCAACAGCAAGCCUACCACAGUACACUACACAGUAUUAUAAUAUACAGUAAUAUCUCUCUUCUUUGGUGGAUUUCCUUUGUUAUACUGAAUGCUGCUCUUUUUGUAGUCAUUUCCAAAUCCGUCUCAAACCUCACUAGCCAGUGAUGCAAAGCUAGACUAGUCCACUCUUUUUUUAAUUCAAUGUUUUAAACACAAAUGAACAAAAAAAAAAAAAAAACACAAAUGUAAUCACACAUCAUAGAUGUCUGCCCUCAUACAUACGCACCUUCUCUAAUAUCGGAAUAAGCUGAAACCCAAGCUGAUGUUAAGUUUGAAUGACUGCAAAGCUGCACUUCACAGUGGAUCCCACUCUAACGACAGGGGGCAGCCAUGAGGUUUAAGACAUGUACAUAAUAAAAGCAGAACAUUUACACGCCCAUUGGUGCUUGCCUUUAGAUGGCAGUAGCUGUUAUCGGUCAAACUUGAAAUAUGAAUAGUUGACUCUAAAUCUGCGUUAUGUAACCUAUCAUGUUCCCCGGCCCAAGGCCUUGGGAGUUCUUCCCUACCAGUUCAUGAAAUGGACACAGAGAAAAGCUUAUCCUCCUGUACGCCCGGCAGGGUGCUACCACGUUACCUCCUAUUGCCAAAGCUAUGCCAAGGUAGAGAUGAGCUCCUGUAAUCUUUGCUUACAGGGAACAAAGCCAGAUGGUCACAACAGUACAGUAUAAUAUAUAUAUAUACUACAAUAUUUAAUAGAUGUUUAUUUGCUCAGUACAACACUAGCCAACCUUAGUUUACCUCAGAAUAACAGUGUGUCAUCCACGUGUCAUGGACUGUUCUCAAAGACACAGAUUGACACCACAGCCAUCGUUGUGACUGUUUAUGACAUGAACAGUGUUAUGUAGCAUUUUCCGGCAGUGUAGUUUUGCCUGGUAUUGUAAAUGUACAGUAUACUCACCUCAGACAGUCCACCAGGAGGAAGCCAAAAGCUGCACGCUGUUUCUGAUUAAACUGCUCUCUAUCUGCUUUUAUCUGGGAAAAAAAACAGUAUCAAUAAUAAAAUGGGUAACAACA